GCUUAUAAUGGUGAAUAUAAUAUGAAUAGUAUGAAGGUAGGCAGAUGGAAUGUUUUAAAUUUGAAUUUUGAAAACUAAAUUAUGUAAUAGAAUUUUACAAAUAUGUUAGUGGUUGUAUGAAUUUUGAUGAAAAUGGAAAUGAGAUUUAUCGAACUAAAAAGUAACGAUCUUUAUUAAAUAAUUAGUGAUGACAUUAUAUAUGUUGGAUCUUUUAAAAAAUAGAUGAAGGUAGGUAGAUGGGAUAUUAUGUAUUGCGAUCGAGGUGAAGAAUAUAAAUAAAUGUAAAUAUUAUGAAAUUUAUAAGAAAUAUAUUUAAAUCAACAAAU